AUGGUUGCUGAAUUAAUUGCACAAGGUGUUCCUGAUACUACAAUUUUGAAGAAAGUGAGAGAGAGCAUUCAAGUUGGACUCUUCAGAAGAAUUCAUCUUUUAAGCAAACAAGAUAUUAGAAAUAUUAGGAAAGAAUACAAGCUGGACGAUAGUAGUGCACACCAAGAUGAUGCAACCAGUGUUGAUCUGUGGGUGAGACAACAAGAGUGCCUAGGGAAAGAUUCCCCGGUGAUUUAUUACAAAGCCCAAGGCACUGAGGAUAAUGGAAACAAAUUAUCAGAAAGUGACUUUAUGAUAGUCCUUAUGAGUGAGUAUCAGCAGAAAAUGGCAAAAAAAUUCUGUGCAGAAAAAGUUUUGAUAGACAGCACACAUGGCACUAAUAGGUAUAAAUUUUAUCUGACCACACUGUUGACUGUGGAUGAAUUUGGUGCUGGAUGUCGAGUUUCUUAUUGCCUCAGUACACAUACUGACACAAGGUCCAUGCAAGUUUUCUUUGAGCAGAUUAAGAAAUGUAUUGGAAACAUCAAAACAAAGGUAUUCAUGUCUGAUGACUGUGACAGCUACUGCAGUGCCUGGAGUGUAGUUAUGGGCCAUAGUGAACAUAGGUUGUUAUGUACCUGGCACGUUGAUCGGGCAUGGAGACGGAAUAUAUGUGCAAAAGUAAAUGGGAAUACAAUGCUGAAGAGUACAGUAUACAAAGCUCUGAAAACUUUGCACUCACAGACAGAUAGAGAGAAAUUCUCAGAGUUGCUGGAUGGCUUUCUUACUUGGUGUGCAGAGAAGGGAGGAACUGAAGAGUUUGGCAAGUACUUUAAAGAUAGAUAUUCAUGGAGGCCACAUAUGUGGGCAUACAGCUACAGAAUUGGACUUGGCCUUAAUACAAAUAUGUUAUGA